UGUGCCUUCCUCCCCGCCACCACCACCACCACCUCCGGCCUCCACCUCCUGCUACUACUACUACUCCUACUGCUGCUGCUACUACCGUUAUAUCUACCCCACCCCUUGCUUCUGCUGCUGCUACUACUACUACUACUACUACUGCUGCCGAAACAGCGAGAGACUGAACCUGAGCUGCGGGACGCCCACUGCAUCCAGCCGGGGAGUCUUGCCAUGGCGGGGACGUGACAGGCACACGGCCCACACUCUCGCCUUCGGAACACCUGGGUACCCCUCACCCCUUGACCGGCUGAGACUGAGAAGGAAGGCAACGCAGUCACCCAGCUGGGGAAAGAAUGCCUCCUUUUCCCACGUCCCCCGCCGCCACCACCCCCUUGAGGACCCCAAGCACCGCCACCUCCGCCCUGCCUCCACCACGCCCCUCCACCACACAGUCUCGACCCCUCGUCUGACUGCAAUGCCAGGCGAUGGUCUCCACAGCUUCAGCUACUCACCCCGCCUGGUCCGGGGGUCCUUCCACACUCACGACACCCCCACCAGCGGCCUCACACCCCACCAGCAGCGCCCCACCCCCGCCGCCCCCCUCCCGGGAUACUGGCUCUUCCGUAGCUAUGUGGGGGGCGGGGGAGGAGGGGGGGCAGGGGGAUGCGCCUUCCCCUCCUCCAUCUUCAACCCCAACAAGGCCGUUCUCACCCUCGACGCCUCCACCAGGAUCCUGACAGCCAAUGACAUGUGUUCGCUGCUGCUGGGAGAGGCGGAGGAGAAGCUGUGCGGGGGCUCGAGGCGACUCACGGACUUCAUCUCCUGUCCCGCCACGGCCCGCUACCUCGCCUCCCUUGCCCCCGACAUCCCCGAGGAGGAGAUGAUCACUGUCGCCAACUCCCUCACAUCGCCGCCCCUUCCCACGCCCCAAGACCCAGCAGGGGUGACCGAUUUCAAGGGGGGAGUAGUGUUUAGUGGGCGAGUGGUGAGCGUUGAGACAGGUGAGAACGGGAGUCAGCUGUGCUCGCUAUGGCUGAAGGGACUGCCGCGGGAGGCUGGCCAGGAGCAGCGGUGGGUGGCGGUGCUGGAGCCUAUCGAGAUCACACAGGCUAAGGCAACAGUGGACUACAGCGGAGCCAUUCUGGAGCACGACGAGGCCUUCCGGACCCUCUUUGGCAUCCCCGAGGCCUUGCACAUCACCCACCUCGAUGAUAUCCACAACGUCAUCCCCAGCCUGCAGCUUCCCCCGACCCCCGCCUCAUCCUCGUCCUCCCCGCCCCUGGAGUUGGAGCAGCAGCAGUGUACCGGGGUGAGUGUGGAGGGCAGUGACGGUAGCUUUCCUCUGUGUGUGCAAGUCUCCCAGCACACACCCGACCCCUCCACACCUGCUGCCUCGAACACACCCGCUCUGGACCUUGAUAUCCUGGUCUUCUCCAACAUCAGCGGCUUGGUGGUGCUGGACGCUGCAGGGAACAUCACCGACUACAACUACAACUUCACGCACUUCCUCUUCGGGUACGGACAAGGAGAGCUGGAGAAGAAGAGCAUCACACACCUCAUCCCCACCUUCUACGAGGACAUGGGGCAGGGGCAGGAGUUUGCCUUUGAGGACGAGGUGUCCACGGGGAGCUACUGGGAAGAGGAGAAGGAGGAGACGGAGGAGAGCGAGAGGCAGACUACAACCAGGAAGGAAGCCGAGGAUGUCCAGAAUGAAAAUGAGAAGGUUGAGAGACAAGGCAAGUCACCCAAACCAGCACCUGAACAGAACAAACCCAGCAACAACACCAUCAACACCACCACCACCGCCGCCACCACACCACACACCCAGGCCAUGAGGGACAUCACCAACUCCCUCAACUCGGUGGACCUCAAGCCACAACAGUGCCUCUACAACACCUGGGUGGACGACAAGGGUAUGGAGGGGGAGGUGAAGCCAUCAGUGGUGGGGGGCGUCAUCACCUCCACACCCUCUGCCCCCUCCAAGCGGUGCCCCCCGAACGCCAGGCCCCCCGUCACCACCACCAUCACAAUCCCCAUAGAGCAAGGCACAUUCUUUGGCACUGGCAGGCACAGGGACGGCUCAGACCUAAGACUCAUCUACCAAAUAAGACGCGUGGAGGUGGAGGACAAUGACGAGAAGGAGGAGGAAAUCAGCGAAAAGGAGCUCAAUAAAGAAGUAGGAGAAGGACGCACCUCCACCUAUUACUACAUGUGGAUCCUGAACGACAAGGAUGGGAUGAUGGAUGAUGCGCCCUCCACCCUGGACCUCACCCGCGCCUCACUCCACGACACCACAGAACCCUCGCUUGGCCAUGCCAUCGCUAGGAAGGCACAGCAACAAGAGAAACAGCAACAGGAGGAGGAGGAUGAGCAACACAAACAGAAGAACAGAAAGAACAAGAAGAAAACAAAGGAGGAGGAGGAGGAAGAGGAUGACGAGGCAGGGGACGAAACGGUAGACUCCUCCUACUGCCCCUCCUUCAGCUCUUCCUCGGAGUGUGAGGGCGACGGGGAGGACCUCAGCCACAGCCAGACCUGCACGGAUGGCAGCUCGGGGGCGGAGUACUCCCUCAACCACUCACGGCGGGGACGACACUCAUCCGCCUCGGCACCAGACGGGGAGAGGGAGCUACAGGAGGAGGGGGAGUACAGCCAACACUACCGGGUGCUGAAGCAGAUCGGGAAGGGUGCGUUUGGGUGUGUCAAGCUUGCCUACCGAUAUUCUGAUACCCUGAUGGUGGUGACCAAGUUCAUCAAGAAGUCCAAGGUGUACCGGGACAGCUGGGUGGACGACAUGCUGCUCGGUCGACGGGUGCCCCUUGAAGUGUCCCUCCUCAUGAGCCUCGACCACCCCAACAUCGUGAAUGUGUUGGACGUCUUCGAGAACGACGACUACUUCCAGCUGGUGAUGGAGAAGCUGGGCUCAGGGAUGGACCUCUUUGAGUUCAUUGACCGCAACCCCAGACUCGAUGAAUUCCUGGCGGCGCAUAUCUUCCGACAGAUCGUGGCCGCCCUCACCUACCUGCACUCCCUCAACAUCAUCCAUCGCGACGUGAAGGAUGAGAACGUGAUCAUGGACAACCGGUUCCAUGUCAAGCUCAUCGACUUUGGCUCCUCGGCGUUCACCUCCCCCGGCAAGGAAUUCUCUCAGUUUGCCGGCACGGUGGAGUACUGCAGCCCCGAGGUUCUCAUGGGCAACAAAUACACAGGCUAUGAGGUGGAGGUGUGGUCUCUGGGCGUGACUCUCUACACCCUCAUGUACUGGGAGAACCCUUUCUAUGACGUGGACGAGAUCAUCAAAGGGGUCCUCAACAUACCCUACGAACACUCCACGGAGCUGACGUCACUCCUGAAGGGCAUGAUGGAGAAGGACAUCCAGACCCGCCUCACCCUGGCCCAGGUGGAGCAGCACCCCUGGACGCAGCUCCCCUGUAACCCCGAGAGCUACGUCUUCCAUCGCGUGGUGCCCUGCACCAAGAUGGAGCGUAACCCCAAGCACUACCUCAAAGACUACCUGAAUCUCACCAACGACGACAUCGCCAACUCAAGCAGCUUCCUGGACGAGGACGGAGUGCCCACCAACCGCGCCAUCACCCCCAUGCCGACCUCCCCCUACCAGUCCUUCCGCCGCACCACCUCCGCCACAACCCCGCGCCGCCCCACCCACUCCGGCAUAACCCAUGAGAGGUUAUGGUCGGCCAACCCCCUCAGCAUGCAUCCCCCGCCAGAGGAGGGCAACCUUCUGUACUGCCGCACCCCCAGCGUCACCUGCUCCACGCACUCCCGGGCCUCCACUGCACACUCCCUCUCCUCCAUCAAGAGCACCAUCACCGUGGACUCCGCCUCUUUCUCCGGCCCCUCCUCCUCCUCCCCCUCCUGCUCCUCUGCCACCCCCUCUUCCGCCACCUCCCCCUCCACCACCCCCACCACCGCCACCGCCUCAGAGUGGGCCAACACGCAGCUCAAGUCCGCCUGUGCCUCCUCCACCUGCCAGGGCUCCUCCACGCCUCUGUCGGAUAGCACACCCAGCUCAGGUUCUCCUGGCAGCCACGACACCCCUGAGAUAGGCCCCCUGAGCCCCUCCCCCACCAGCACCUCCUCCUUUCGACACUCCAGCAGAAGGGAGCUGAGGGAGGGCUGCGGACGGGGCUGUCACCACCACCACCAGUGUGAGUCAUGUUGUGAGGACCGGAGUGAGGCGCCACACACCACCAAGGACGCCUCGUACUGUGAGGACAGAAUCACCAGCUGGAGGGACAACACUUCAAGGUCCACCUCGUCGUCACAGCGAAGGAGGAGCAAGCAAAGUUUCCUCGCAUCCUUGUUCUCGUACUCUUCUUCAUCAUCUUCCUCGUCAUCCUCUCGUUCUUCCUCCCCCUCCCCCUCCUCAUCCUCGUCCUCAUCCUCCUCCUCUUCCUCCUUUUCAUCCCCGGAAGCCAGCCCACACAAGAGCCCAAAACCAUCGUCAACAUCAGCCUUCAGCGGUGACCCGAUAUUCUACAGUGAACCACUGUCCUUCAGUGACCUGCUCUCCCUCACUGACCUUGACCUGAUGGAGGGGGUUCUGCCUGGCCCCUGUGACCCCCUCUGGGAUGACACCAAUCCUGACAGCCCCUAGUGACUGGUCCCUUCAAGUUGACCUCAUUUUGUUCACACAGGGUCAUACCGCAUUAUAUAUUUUUUUUUACAGUAGCAUAACGUUCAUGAUUCCCAACACAUUUUUAUCAGCCUCCCAUUAUCUUGUUGCUUCUGUCCUUAUUCUUGUAUUGUAUAUAUUUUUAUUCACAAAUUGAAAAUGUUCAUCUCUGCUUUGACUGAGAAUCCAGCCAUUAUUUUUGUAUGGGAGUUGAGACACUGUCAUAGUAUACAUGUUCUUAUCAGGAGGAGCCUGGAGGAGGGGGAGACCUAGGUACUUUUAAAGGAGGAGCAGAGAGGAGGGUGAUCUGAGCCCGGCAAAGACUACGGGACUAUGACGUUGCCUUUUUUACUUAGAAGAAUUGUCAGGGAUGCUAUUUUGUUUCCUUCCAUUUGUUCCCUUUUAGUUUCUACGGGGCAACAUGUACGUAGAGAUCUCCAUCACGAGUCUUGGCUUUCAACUCACCCGCAUGAGUCACCAAAUACCAUGAAACAUAAUAGUAUGCCACGUAUGUAUACUCGGAGGGUACAUUAAGCUGUGUAUGUGUAUAGUCUGAACCUAAUGAGUCAGUGGAUGAGUGAGUGGUCAUUGUCAUCAUCACAAAUGUUUUUAAGUUGUUCAAAAUGCAGUGCCACAAACUUAGUAAUAAUCGUAUACUUACAAACUACUAACGUGUAUCCCUAGCGAGGAGACUCCAUAGACUUAUCACUGGAGGCUUUGACAAAGAAGCCUUGCAUACAUAUACUCUAGUUUUCCAGCCUUUGUGUAGGUGCAAUUCUCAUUAAGCAACAUUUAUAUAGCGUUAAGAGGAAGAGUAACAAUCUCAGUGUGCAUGCAAGGUCACACACACACCACAAGGCCUCACUGUAUGCCUCACCGUAACCCCAACACAGCGUUUCUUAGUCUUUGAGCUUAACGCCUCCUUGAACGUUGGCGCUCAUGUCCCUGUAUCCUUUGAAGUCAUGUUUUUAAAAGUUCCUCAGUGCCCCUCUCAUUUGUGAUAGAUUCAUAAAGAUAAUAUAAAACUUGUGGAUGGUUUACUUAAUUCUGUGUAGAUGUAAGGCAUAAAAAGCAUCAUUAACAAAAUUGAUAAGGAAUUGGUUGUUUGUUGAGAAAGGUCACUUCUUAAACCCAUUCCCAGUGCUGCCAAAACUUGAUCUUGGUCCCGAAAGCUAAGAAACGCUGCCCUAACACAAUCACUCACUUUACCCUUCACCUGUUGCCUUCCCACCCAUCACUUCCACUCCCUUACACCUUCCUCCACCCACCCUCACCUUAGCUCCACAUCACCUUCACCCACUACCUUACCUUAGCUCUCUCUCACCUCACUCACAUCUUCCCCUCACCCACCCCCACCUUAAUUAGCUCUCUCUCACCUCACUCACAUCUUCCCCUCACCCACCCCCACCUUACCCCUCUCUCACCUCACUCUCACAUCUUCCCCUCCUUAUCUUUCACCUUCCCACCCACCAUCACCCUAACACCUUCCUCUACCCACCACCCCCACAUUAACUCUCUCACCUUCCCACUCACCACCUUCACCUUAGCUAUCUCACCUACCCACCCAUCCACCAUCACCUCCUACCCCGCCCACCAACCCACUUUAGCUCUCUCACUGCCCCUUCGUGCCAGCAGAGCCACGGCCGCUACCUUGCCAGCCCAGCAGCCCCGCACACCCUUCACACAGGUAGCCGCAAGAAUGAGUAAGCUGGUCAUGCAACCUCUGUCUCUGUUAGGUCACUGUUUUAUUUUUGUGUGUGUGUGAGCUGGGAGGUCAACAAACAAUGAUAAUGCAAACUCUCGUACAAUUUUGUGUAGCGAUAGGAAGAGCACGCGCUGUAUCCUUGCAAGGCUCUCAUGUUUUAUUUUUAUUUAUUUAUUAUUUUUUUUUAUGCUGAAGGGAAGGCCGUUUUGC